AUGCAGAGCUCUACACCGCUAUACGCCUACAUGUUCACUAUCCGAUUGCUAGCUACGACGGCCAGAAAACUGACGCGUGGGAUGGAGAAACUCGCGCUGGAGCCAAUGGGGAACGCAGCCGUGUACGAUCUCGUGUCUUUGCCAUUGACAUCAUCCAAGACCAUCUUAAGGACCAACACUAUUUUUCGACCAAAUGAUGACUCGGCAACAGGACGCGGAGGAUUGGUAGUGCAGGUACGUAAUCGUCUAGACCGACAGCUUUACGCUGUCAAGAAGGUCAAGCUAGACCCAGACGACAAAACGAAGGAAGAAGAAGAUUUGCGUGAAGUAAAGACACGUAAAAGCCAAACAUACGUGCUACCUUCGCAUAAUUGUGCAUCCGAGAGCUUUCCUGAUGAUGGCUUUGAGUGGGAAGCGCUAGAAGAAGCUCCGAUGGACGAGGUUGACUUCAGUGACGAUGGAGAUGUUGUAUAUCUCGUCGAGUAA